AUGACGUUGGCCGCCUACACGGCCACGGGCCUCAGCGUCUUUUGCAUCGGCCUUUGCGUCGUCUCUUUCCCGCUGAUUUUCUCGCAAAUCGACGACGUUCGUCUCGAACUUGCCACGGAGAUGGAAGCCUGGAAAGUGCGUGAGAAACACGGCUUCUUGAGAAAACAAAUUCACUCCAAAUGGUUGCAGAUCCAAUCAGACAUGCUCUGGGCUGACAUGCACAAGUACGGUCGCGUUCGUCGUCAGGCUUACGGAGGUUACGGCGGCUACGGUGGCGGCUCUACUCCGCCAGCUGGACCAAGCGGCGGCUUUCCUGGCGGUCCUCAGCCUCCACACGUAAUACAUAUCAUUUGUGUAGCAGAAAUUCUGAUGUCGUUUUGCAGGGAAACUUCCCAGGCUCCACUGGCUCCAGCUCGCCAAAUCCCAACCUUCCUGGCGUCAUCGGAGUUCCACCAAGCGUUAACCAACAACAGCCAGGCGGCAUCAACCCUGAUGGAAGUCCAUCUGGUACGAUCUCCUUUUUUUCCAGAAAACUUUGUUUUGCAGCCGGUCCCAACGGUCAGUGCAACUGCAAUGCUGAAAAUUCGUGUCCCGUCGGACCUGCUGGACCAAAAGGAGCUCCAGGAAGCGACGGACCUGACGGCCUUCCUGGCGUGCCAGGAAUCGACGGAAAAGACGCCGAGGACUCUCAGGCUCAGACUCAGCAAUACGAAGGAUGCUUCACCUGCCCACAAGGACCUGCUGGACCUCCAGGUUCUUUUUUUUUCCUUAACCGUAGGAUUUCUAGUUUUAUAGAGCUAAGAUGAAGAACGAAGACUGCAAUACUAGGUUUUUUUUUUAUCAAAGCAGACGUCACCUUCCAAAACUUCCAAAAAAGUCCUAAAUGGAUAUUAUUUCAAAAAAUAUGUACUACUCUUCAAUAGAAACAACGAGUAAAAAAUAAUGCCUGCCAUAAAAAAGAGCAGAGAAAAAAGUGUAGGAAUUAGGUUAAUUUCAAAGUUCAAAAUAAGUUUUAAUCUCAAUAUGACGACUAUUAGGUGUGGAAAAGUUCAGAAAACCUAAAAACAACAAAAUUGAAAGCCGAGAGAGAUUUUUAACUAACCUCAAUUCUAAUUGAUUUUAAAUUUUAGGACCGCCCGGAAAGCCAGGAGCUCGCGGUAUGCGUGGAGCACGUGGACAGGCGGCUAUGCCAGGACGCGACGGAUCUCCAGGCUUCCCUGGAACUCUCGGACCAGUUGGACCUCACGGAGCCAAGGGAGAAGAAGGACCAACCGGAGAGCCCGGAGCCGACGUCGAGCACCAGAUCGGACUUCCAGGACCAAAGGGAGUCCCUGGAGCUCCAGGAGAGGCCGGAGACGAAGGAGAACAAGGAGAUCGUGGAGCGACUGGCAUCGCCGGACCACCAGGAGAGCGUGGGCCUCAGGGAGAGAAAGGAGACGACGGACCAAAUGGCGCAGCUGGAUCUUCGGGCGAGGAGGGCGAACCAGGCAAAGACGCCGAGGUUAGUUUGAUUCCUCGAAAUCCACACACCAUAGUUUUCCUCUUCCAGUACUGCCCUUGCCCUCAACGCAACUCCAACAGCGAAGUCCACGCCGGAAACCAAGGUGGAUACAUCCGUUAA